AUGAGGCAAGUUAUAUUGGUGAAAGCAACUUGUUUUAUUGAAUUGAUUGUUAAACUAAGUGGUUUUUUUACCAAAAGACAAAGACCUAAUCCUAAUGAAAAUGGUGAAGAAUGUUCCCAAAUACCAAUCACCAAUCAAUCAAUGCCUUCCGUUUCUAAUCCUAAUGCAACUCCACAAACACCAAUCACCAAUCAAUCAAUCCCUUCGGUUUCUAAUGCAACUCCACAAACACAAUGCUCUAACCAACCUAAUGAUAAUGUUGACUUGAAGGAUCUUCCAAAGGACCCGGCGGAUAGACCACUGAUUACAAGUUACAAACCAAAUAUAAGAUAUGAUGUAAGAAGAGCAUAUUUGCUUCAAGGACCGUGUCAAGAUUGUGCAUAUUGUUUAUAUUGUUAUUUGUGUGGGGACCUCAUGGGACAAAAAGGAGGGAGAGAUGCAUUUGUUUCUCAAGGUUUUGAUACUUGGAAUAAAAAAGAUGCAUUUCGGACUCAUGUGGGUGGUAUUGAUAGUUUUCACAACAAAGCAAAAGAAAAGUGUGAGUUUUUAAUGAGGGAAAAACAAGCUAUCAAUGUAGUCUUGAGGAGGCAAACCGAAGCAGAGGAUCAUAAAUAUAAAGCUCGAUUACGCGUUUCUAUUAUUGUUGUUAGACUUUUAAUGAAAACCGGUUUACCAUUUCGUGGUCAUGACGAGUCGGUUAACUCGGAAAAUAGAGGGCUAUACAUUGAAGUGUUAAAAGCCAUUCGAGAGACUAGUGAAGAUAUUUUCAACAAUACUUUAGAAAAUGCUCCAAAAAACAAUCAACUAAUUUCCCCUAAAAUUCAAAAAGAACUUGUGCAAUGUUUUGCACAAGAAGUACUUUUGAGUAUUCGUGAAGAGAUUGGUCAAGAUGUUUUUGCUUUGCUAGUUGAUGAAUCUAGUGAUGUUUCAAAAAAGGAACAAAUGGCUAUUGUUUUGCGUUAUGUCGAUACUCUUGGCUUUGUGAAAGAAAAAUUCAUAGGUCUAGUGCACGUGAAGGAUACAUCUUCUUUGACACUCAAAAACGCCAUAAAUGAAGUACUUACAAGUAAUAAGUUGAGUUUUAGUCAGAUAAGAGGACAAGGUUAUGAUGGGGCUAGCAAUAUGCGAGGGGAAUUCAAUGGUUUGAAAGCUUUGAUAUUACAAGAGAAUGACACAGCUUUUUAUGUACAUUGCUUUGCACACCAACUUCAAUUAGUAGUUGUGGCUGUAGCAAAGAAGCAUGAUGGUGUUAGUGACUUUUUUGAGCAAAUUUCGUUGGUGGUUAAUGUAGUUUGUGCAUUGUGUAAAAGAAAAGACUUACUACGAGAGCAAGCAAGAGAAAGGGUGCAAAAAGGCUUGUGUAGUGGUGAACUUGAAACCGGAAGAGGGUUAAAUUAA